AUGGAACUGAAUGAUGCUAAUCUGCAAAGUCUGACCGAGUUCCUCAGGAAAACACUCGACCCUGAUCCCACAGUCAGACGCCCCGCUGAAAAGUUUCUUGAGACUGUAGAAGGAAACCAGAACUACCCUUUGUUACUACUCACGUUGUUAGAAAAGUCCCAGGAUGGAGUGAUCCGUGUCUGCUCUGCUGUCACCUUCAAGAAUUAUAUCAAAAGAAAUUGGCGCAUUGUUGAGGAUGAGCCCAACAAAAUUUCGGAAGCAGACAGAACUGCUAUAAAAGCCAACAUUGUUAACCUUAUGCUCAGUAGCCCAGAGCAGAUUCAAAAGCAGUUAAGCGAUGCCAUCAGCAUCAUUGGUCGGGAGGAUUUUCCACAGAAAUGGCCGGACCUGCUAACGGAGAUGGUCAACCGGUUUGGGAGUGGAGACUUUCACAUCAUUAAUGGAGUACUACGAACUGCACACUCUCUCUUCAAGAGAUAUCGACAUGAGUUCAAGUCUAAUGAGCUUUGGACUGAGAUUAAAUUGGUUCUGGACACAUUUGCUCUGCCAUUAACAAACCUUUUCAAGGCGACUAUUGAAUUAUGUCAGACUCAUGCUACAGAUAUAAAUGCCUUAAAAGUCCUCUUCUCAUCACUGACACUUAUCUGUAAGCUCUUCUACAGCCUUAACUUCCAGGACCUUCCAGAGUUUUUUGAGGACAAUAUGGAGACCUGGAUGACAAACUUUCACGCUUUGCUCACAAUUGACAACAAACUUCUCCAAACAGAUGAUGAAGAGGAAGCCGGCCUUCUGGAGCUACUGAAGUCUCAAAUCUGCGAUAAUGCUGCUCUUUAUGCCCAAAAAUAUGACGAAGAGUUUCAGCCUUAUCUUCCACGCUUUGUCACUGCCAUCUGGAAUCUUUUAGUUUCCACAGGACAGGAAGUAAAGUAUGACCUGCUUGUGAGCAAUGCCAUUCAGUUCUUGGCUUCUGUUUGUGAAAGGCCACACUACAAACAUCUAUUUGAGGACCAAAAUACUCUCACUAGCAUCUGUGAAAAGGUCAUUGUGCCCAACAUGGAGUUCAGAAGUGCUGAUGAAGAGGCCUUUGAAGAUAAUUCAGAAGAAUAUAUUCGCAGGGACCUUGAGGGAUCUGAUGUUGACACUCGACGAAGGGCGGCCUGUGACCUGGUGAGGGGUCUGUGUAAAUAUUUCGAGGGUCCCGUCACCGCAAUCUUCUCUGGUUAUGUGAGCUCAAUGCUCGGAGAAUAUGCCAAGAAUCCUGGAACAAACUGGAAACACAAAGAUGCUGCCAUUUAUUUGGUCACUUCAUUGGCGUCUAAAGCUCAAACACAAAAGCAUGGCAUCACACAGGCUAAUGAAUUGGUGAAUUUAACAGAGUUCUUUGUGAAUCACAUACUCCCAGACUUAAAAUCGCAAAAUGUUAAUGAGUUCCCAGUGUUAAAAGCAGACGCCAUCAAAUACGCCAUGAUCUUUAGAAGUCAGCUCCCCAAAGAGCAGCUAAUCCAAUCUAUUCCUCUGCUCAUCGCUCAUCUUCAGACUGAGAGCAUAGUGCAACACACCUAUGCUGCUCAUGCCCUGGAGAGGCUGUUUACCAUGAGAGGUCCCAACAACUCCACACUUAUCACUCCAGCCGAGAUGGCGCCCUUCACAGAACAACUUCUCAAUAACUUGUUCAAGGCGCUGGCUGUCCCUGCGUCCUCAGAGAACGAGUACAUCAUGAAAGCAAUCAUGCGCAGUUUCUCCCUACUACAAGAAUGCAUAGUCCCUUAUAUCCCCACGCUGAUUGGUCAACUCACUCAAAAACUUCUCUUGGUCAGCAAGAAUCCAAGCAAGCCUCACUUCAACCACUAUCUCUUUGAGUCUCUGUGUUUGUCUGUGCGCAUCACCUGCAAGGCCAAUCCUGUUACUGUCAGCAGCUUCGAGGAGGCACUUUUCCCAGUUUUUACAGAGAUUCUCCAAAACGAUGUCCAGGAGUUUCUCCCAUAUGUGUUCCAAGUGAUGUCUCUGCUCCUCGAGAUCCACUCCAACUCGAUUCCUGACUCCUACUUGGCUCUGUUCCCUCACUUGCUGCAGCCGGUGCUGUGGGAGCGGACUGGGAACAUCCCGCCACUCGUACGUCUGCUUCAGGCCUAUCUGGAGAAGGGUGGAACCACUAUUGCAUCCACGGCUGCAGACAAGAUUCCUGGUUUGCUUGGAGUUUUUCAGAAACUUAUUGCUUCAAAGGCAAACGACCACCAAGGAUUUUACCUUCUCAACAGCAUCAUCGAACACAUGCCUCCAGAGGCUAUAAUCCAGUAUAGAAAACAAAUCUUCAUUUUGCUAUUCCAGAGGCUCCAAAGCUCCAAAACCACCAAAUUCAUCAAGAGUUUCUUGGUCUUCGUGAACUUGUACGGGGUUAAAUAUGGGGCCAUUGCACUACAGGAAAUCUUUGAUGAAAUACAACCAAAAAUGUUUGGAAUGGUCGUGGAAAAGAUUGUGAUUCCAGAGGUGCAGAAGGUUUCCGGACCAGUGGAAAGAAAGAUUUGUGCAGUUGGCAUCACUAAAGUCCUGACAGAAUGCCCCGCAAUGAUGGACACGGAUUACACAAAACUUUGGACCCCUUUGCUGCAGGCGCUCAUCGGUUUGUUCGAGCUGCCGGAAGACGACAGUAUCCCAGACGACGAGCACUUCAUCGACAUCGAGGACACUCCUGGAUAUCAGACGGCGUUCUCACAGUUGGCCUUCGCUGGGAAGAAGGAGCGUGACCCGAUCGGAGACGCAGUUGGCAACCCCAAAGUCCACCUGGCUCAGUCUCUGCACAAACUCUCAACUGCGUGUCCCGGAAGGGUCCCAUCCAUGAUCAGCACCAGCCUGAACGCAGAGGCGCUUCAGUACCUGCAGGGAUAUCUACAGGCCGCCUCUGUUCAGUUGGUUUGA